ACCGGCCGGCGCAGGCGAGCAGGCCCGGGGCCGCGCCGCCUGGGCGGCGGGAACUGAGGAGGCGCCGCCAGGUUGCGGAGCCACACACACUCGCCUGGGUCCAUGGCCACGGUUGGGGAGUGGUCCUGUGCGCGCUGCACCUUCCUGAACCCAGCCGGCCAGCGCCAGUGCUCCAUCUGCGAGGCCCCCCGGCACAAGCCUGACCUCGACCACAUCCUCAGGCUCAGCGUGGAGGAGCAGAAAUGGCCCUGCGCCCGCUGCACAUUCCGGAACUUCCUGGGCAAGGAGACUUGUGAGGUGUGUGGCUUUGCUCCAGAGCCCGUGCCUGGCGCCUCCCUGCUGCCUGUCAUCAACGGGGUCCUGGCGGAGCCCAGGGCCAGCUGCAAGGAGGAAGCUGGUACCGUGCGGACAGCGGGGCUGGCGUCCGCAGAGCCGGCUCGGGGGCGGCCCCAAGAGGACGCAGACGAGGAGAACGCGGAGCCUGAGCAGGGGGAGGAGGGGCGGGCAGCAGAGCCCGGGAGUGGCUGGGCCUGCCAGCGCUGCACGCUGCACAACACACCUGUGGCCAACUCCUGCUCAGCCUGCGGGGGCCCCCGGAAACUCUCGCUGCCCAGAAUCCCCCCUGAGGCCCUGGUGGUCCCCGAAGUUGUGGCCCCCGCUGGCUUCCACGUUAUACCUGCCCCAGCCCAGCCCGGGGAGAGCACUGAAGCUGACCCUCCCUCUGCCACCGACCAGGAGCCCCCCCGGGCGCCGUCCUUCAGCCCCUUCUCGCCCACCCUGCAGAACAACCCAGUGCCUCGUAGCCGCCGCGAGGUCCCCCCCCAGCUGCAGCCACUGGUGCCUGAGGCUACCCAGCCUUCACCCUCUGCCGGCUCCAAGGGGCUCCCCCAGGGCCCGGGGCGGACUGCAGCCGGGGCCUCCCGCCUGGCGGAGCUGCUGUCUGGCAAGCGGCUGAGCAUUCUGGAGGAGGAGGCCGCCGAGGGCAGCCCGGCACCGCAGCGGUGCUGCUCCUGCCCUGGGCCCGGCCCCUCGAGCCCUGCCCGCUGUGAGGCCUGCGGUGCUGCGCCGAGCAGCGAUGUCAUCGACCUGGCUGGGGACACGGUGCGCUUCAAGCCAGCCAGCCCCUCCAGCCCUGACUUCACCACCUGGUCGUGCGCCAAGUGCACGCUUAAGAACCCCACAGCGGCCCCCAGAUGCACGGCAUGUGGCUGCUCCAAGCUGCAUGGCUUCCAAGAGCAUGGUGAGCCCCCCGCCCGCUGCCCAGACUGCAGCGCCGAUAAGUCUGGCCCCUGCUUGGCCCACAAGGCCAGCUGCCCCUUCCCCGGGGUGCCGCCCGAGCGCCCAAGCCAGUGGGCCUGCCCUGCCUGCACUCUGCUCAACGCACCCCGGGCCAAGCACUGUGCUGCCUGUCACACGCCCCAGCUCCUGGUGGCCCAGCGCCGGGGCGUUGCGCCCCUGAGGCGCAGGGAGAGCAUGCACGUGGAGAAGCGGCGGCAGACAGACGAGGGUGAGGCCAAGGCCCUCUGGGAAAACAUCGUGGCCUUCUGCCGGGAGAACAGCGUGAACUUCGUGGACGACAGCUUCCCCCCGGGGCCUGAGUCGGUGGGCUUCCCUGCGGGUGACAGCGUCCAGCAGCGCGUGCGGCAGUGGCUAAGGCCCCACGAGAUCAACUGCUCCGUGUCCAGGGACCCCAGUGCCCCGUGGUCCGUGUUCCGCACUCUCCGGCCCUCAGACAUCCUGCAGGGGCUGCUGGGGAACUGCUGGUUCCUGAGCGCGCUGGCUGUGCUGGCCGAGCGGCCCGACCUGGUGGAGCAGGUGAUGGUGACACGCAGCCUGUGUGCCGAGGGCGCCUACCAGGUGCGGCUCUGCAAGGACGGCACGUGGACGACGGUGCUGGUGGACGACACGCUACCCUGUGACGAGGCCGGCUUCCUCCUCUUCUCCCAGGCCCAGCGGAAGCAGCUGUGGGUGGCCCUCAUCGAGAAGGCGCUGGCCAAGCUGCACGGCUCGUACUUCGCCCUCCAGGCAGGGCGCGCCAUCGAAGGCCUGGCCACGCUCACCGGUGCCCCCUGUGAGAGCCUGGCGCUGCAGGUCAGCUCCACUAACCCCCGCGAGGAGCCCGUUGACACUGACCUCAUCUGGGCCAAAAUGCUGAGUUCUAAGGAGGCUGGGUUCCUCAUGGGUGCCUCCUGUGGGGGGGGCAACAUGAAGGUGGACGAUGCUGCUUACGAGAGCCUGGGCCUGCGUCCCCGCCAUGCCUACUCUAUCCUGGAUGUCCGAGACGUCCAGGGCUCCAGGCUCCUGCGUCUCCGGAACCCGUGGGGCCGCUUCUCCUGGAAUGGCAGUUGGUCAGAUGAGUGGCCGCACUGGCCAGGGCACCUGCGCAGCGAGCUCAUGCCCCAUGGCAGCAGCGAGGGUGUCUUCUGGAUGGAGUACAGCGACUUCAUCAGGUACUUCGACUCGGUGGACAUCUGCAAGGUGCACUCGGACUGGCAGGAGGCGCGUGUGCAGGGCUGCUUUCCCAGCUCUGCCAGCGGGCCCGUGGGGGUCACUGCCCUCACGGUGCUGGAACGCGCGUCCCUGGAGUUCGCCCUCUUCCAGGAGGGCAGCAGGCGCGCAGACUCGGUGGACAGCCACCUCCUGGACCUGUGCGUCCUGGUGUUCCGCGCGUCCUUCGGCAGCGGUGGCCGCCUGAGCCUGGGCCGCCUGCUAGCCCACAGCAAGCGCGCUGUCAAGAAGUUCGUCAACUGCGACGUGAUGUUGGAGCCCGGCGAGUACGCCGUGGUGUGCUGUGCCUUCAACCACUGGAGCCCCGCCGCGCCGGGCCCACCGGCCAACACGCAGGCCUCCAGCCCCUCGGCAGGGGUCCCGCGCUGCACCCCGCAGCCGCCCGGCCACGUGCUGGCCGUGUACAGCUCAAGGCUGGUCAUGGUGGAGCCGGUGGAGGCCCAGCCAACCACACUGGCCGACGCCAUCAUUCUGCUCACGGAGAGCCGGGGCGAGCGGCACGAGGGGCGCGAGGGCAUGACCUGCUACUACCUGACUCAUGGCUGGGCGGGGCUCAUCGUGGUGGUGGAGAACCGGCAUCCCAAGUCCUACCUGCACGUGCAGUGUGACUGUUCUGACAGCUUCAACGUGGUGUCCACGCGUGGCAGCCUGCGCACCCAGGACAGCGUGCCCCCGCUGCACAGGCAGGUCCUGGUGAUCCUGUCCCAGCUGGAGGGCAACGCGGGCUUCUCCAUCACCCACCGCCUGGCGCACCGCAAGGCUGCCCAGGCCUUCCUCAGUGACUGGACAGCCUCCAGGGGCACCCACAGCCCCCCUCUCACGCCCGAAGUCGCUGGCCUGCAUGGCCCCCGGCCUCUGUGACCCCUCCACCUUCCCAGCCCCCACGCGCACUUUAUGAGGGAGACUCCAGCAGAGGACGCUUGAAUCAGAAUCUCAGGACCCUGCCCAGGGAGCCACCAGCUGCAGUAGCUCCCCCUAGGCCUUCCUCCCUGCCCCUCCCUCCUGCCCAGGGCCUCCCCGCUGCCAAGCAGAAUACUUCGAACCCGC